GCCUAGAGUUUCAAACUACUAGAAGUCACGCCUCCUAGGAACCAGAAGCAUUGCUAAGAGCUACUGAACGGACAUUUGUAAGGGGCGGGGCCUCAGCGAAAACUAUAAUCCCCAGAAUGCAGCGCGGAGCUUCCGGUUUCCGGCAAGAGGGCCAGAGGAGAAAGAGAGAGCGCGAAAGAGAGAGGAUGUCUCUCUCAGACUGGCAUCUGGCAGUGAAGCUGGCUGACCAGCCACUUGCUCCCAAGUCAAUUCUUCAGUUGCCAGAGACAGAAAUGGGGGAAUACUCACUAGGGGCCUACAGCAUUUCAUUUCUAAAGCAGCUUAUUGCUGGCAAGCUCCAGGAAUCUGUCCCAGACCCGGAACUGAUUGAUCUGAUCUAUUGUGGCCGGAAGCUAAAAGAUGACCAGACCCUUGACUUCUAUGGUAUUCAGCCUGGGUCCACAGUCCAUGUUCUCCGUAAAUCUUGGCCUGAGCCUGAUCAAAAACCUGAACCUGUGGACAAAGUGGCUGCCCUGAGGGAGUUCCGGGUGCUGCACACUGCCCUGCACAGCAGCUCCUCCUACAGGGAGGCGGUGUUUAAGAUGCUCAACAAUAAAGAAUCUCUGGAUCAGAUCAUUGUGGCCACCCCAGGUCUCAGCAGUGAUCCCAUUGCUCUAGGGGUUCUCCAGGACAAAGACCUCUUCUCUGUCUUUGCUGAUCCCAGCAUGCUAGAUACAUUGGUGCCUGCUCACCCAGCCCUAGUCAAUGCCAUCAUCCUGGUUCUGCACUCAGUAGCAGGCAGCACACCAAUGCCAGGAGCUGACUCCUCUUCCCGAAGCAUGCCCUCCAGCUCGUACCGAGAUAUGCCAGGUGGCUUCCUGUUUGACGGGCUCUCGGAUGAUGAGGACGACUUUCACCCAAGCACCCGGUCUACGCCCUCUAGCAGUACACCCAGCUCCCGCCCAGCUUCUCUGGGGUACAGUGGAGCUGCUGGGCCCCGCCCUAUUACGCAGAGUGAGCUGGCCACUGCCCUGGCCCUGGCCAGUACUCCAGAGAGCAGUUCUCAUACACCAACUCCUGGCACCCAGGGCCAUUCUUCAGGCACCUCGCCAAUGUCCUCUGGUGUCCAGUCAGGGACACCCAUCACCAACGAUCUUUUUAGCCAGGCCCUCCAGCAUGCCCUGCAGGCCUCUGGGCAGCCUAGCCUUCAGAGCCAAUGGCAGCCUCAGCUGCAGCAGUUGCGUGACAUGGGCAUCCAGGAUGAUGAGCUGAGCCUCCGUGCCCUUCAGGCGACUGGAGGGGAUAUCCAAGCAGCCCUGGAGCUGAUCUUUGCUGGAGGAGCCCCAUGAACUUCUUGUACCCAAGUGCCUAGCAAGUUGCAGAGGCAAUUCCUCAAAGGAGGCACUUGUGAAGUUGCCUCCAACUCCCCUCACCCUCAAUAUAUCUGAUGGUCUGUCUACUCA